AUGCCGGCGUGCGCGGGCGAGUCGCCGGUGCGGGACGGCGAGGCGGCGGACGCGCGCGUGGAAGACGGCAAGCUGCUGUACGAGCGGCGCUGGUUCCACCGCGGCCAGAGCGUCUACGUGGAGGGGCCGGCACGGGGGCGCGACCUCAACCGCUUCCCGGGCCACAUACACGCCAUCACGGACGACGCGAUAUGGGUGAAGAAAACCAACCUGGAGCGAAUAAGGAUAUAUGUGUCACAGUUGGCGCGUGGAAAAGUGACGUUAAAGAGACGCGCCUCG